AUGUUGUCAUAUCCGAAGAUCUCGAUCGCAGCUGCGGCAGUGCUGGCGCACUCUGUCGCGGCCCAAUUCGUCCCUGCGCCAACGGACUUGACCACGAAGCAGGGUCAUGCUGGCAUCAACGUGCGAUACAAGGAAGUGCCCCCUGGGAUCUGCGAACAGGAUCCCAAUGUUAAGAGCUAUUCUGGCUAUGCUGAUGUUGAGGAGAACGAACAUAUUUUCUGGUGGUUCUUCGAGACUAGAAAUGGAGAUCCGAAAGAGGCACCGCUAACAGUCUGGAUCAACGGAGGACCGGGAUCAUCUUCAAUGCUCGGGUUAUUUCAGGAACUGGGGCCUUGCGGAGUUGAUUAUGAGGGCAAGGUAUUUAACAAUCCUUACUCAUGGAGCAACGUGAGCAAUAUGCUCUUCGUCGACCAGCCUGCUACGGUUGGGUUCUCUUAUACAAUCCCCAUUCCGGCUUACCAAGAUGAUGAUGGCUAUAUCAUCCAACUCCCUGAUGAGACAUGCCCCGGUUACGCCCAGGCAUACGGGACAUGCGGCACAUACUCCAAGUCAAACGUUGCUUUAGUGCCCAAUUCGACAGCAGGAGCAGCUCCGAAUAUGUGGAAGACUUUGCAGGGGUUCAUGGGGGCUUUCCCACAGUACUCAAGAAAUGGCUUCAAUUUCGCUACGGAAAGUUACGGAGGUCAUUAUGGCCCCGUGUUCAAUGACUAUUUUCUGGAGCAGAAUGCUAAGAGAAUUCCGGACUCCAUUCCGAUUGAGCUUGAGAACGUUCUUAUUGGAAAUGGCUGGUACGAUCCCCUGAUUCAAUACCAGGCGUAUUACAACUUCUCCAUAUUCCCCGGCAACACAUACGACUAUGACCCGUACAAUGCGUCGGUGAAGGCCGAAUGGUACAACAACCUGUAUGGCGAAGGAAACUGCGUUGACCAGACUCUGCAAUGCUAUGCCACGGGCCGAGACGACAUUUGUUCCGCGGCGGACAACUUUUGCGCUGAUAAAGUCGAAUCACUCUAUGACAACUACUCCGGGCGCGAUGAGUACGACGUGCGCGAGCUGACACCCGACCCGUUCCCGUACGGGUUCUACGCGGACUAUCUCAAUCGCCCUGAUAUACAAGCCGCCAUUGGGGCUUAUCAGAAUUAUUCGGAAUACUCCUACACUGUCGGAAAUGGCUUUGGAAGCACAGGUGAUGACGACCGUGAAUCUGGAACGAUACAGGAUUUGCGAAGGCUGUUGGAGGCCGGAGUGCAGGUCACGAUGUAUUUUGGGGACGCUGACUAUAACUGCAACUGGCUCGGAGGACAAGUUGUCGCAAAGAAAAUCAACGCCCCAGGGUACGAAAAGGCAGGCUUUGUCAACAUUACCACUUCCGACGGAAUCGUUCAUGGACAAGUCCGGCAGAGCGAGCUGUAUAGCUUCGUUCGAAUCUACGAAUCCGGCCACGAAGUACCCUUCUACCAGCCCUUGGCUGCGUUAACGAUGUUUGAGAGAGCUCUCUCAAGGAGGAAUAUCGCGACUGGAAAAGAACAUACGAGACAACAUGGCGGCUAUCGGACUGUGGGACCUUCCACGAGCGACUACCGGGAGGGCAAUAGUACGAUCGUGCUCAAAGUGCUUCCGAGCCACGCUACUUACAACACAACUCUCAAUGGGCCUAAUCCUCUCUCCGCAUCUACCAAAUUGCGCAGAGAGAACAAGCAAGAGCAGUCGAAUAGAAUGUCGGGACGAGGCACGAAGAAGGGUAGUAGGCGGAUGGUGUGA